AAGCCAUUAUAUUCUUGCAUGUCGGUCCUCUUGAGUUCUAUGAGGAAACACGUGCCGUUGUGCUGUAAGAAGCAGCGCCCCCUGGCGGUACGUCGUAUGUGUGGCAGCACUUCGCUAGUGGUGCCUACAGAUGAGCGCUCUCUCUCCUCCCCUCCACUGGGGGUCUUGCGUCACUCCGCGUACGACUUGCGCAGCUCUCUCGCGCCGCCAGUUACGUCGCUUACGCAAACGCGCCCCUCCCGAUUGGGCGGUAAGAGGAGAGUGGGCGGGACGCGCGACCAGUGGGCGGGGCCUCAGCGUCGCCGGGGAGAUACGGCGGGAUCCAGCGAGCGGUACGGGGUUCAAAUGGUCUUUCGUCGCGCGCACCCUCCGCUCCUCAGUGUGAACAAGACGAUCAGGAGAACAAGUUGUUGCCGGGUGACCCCGACCCCGCCUGAGAGAGCACGCCUUCCUGUCGGGGCAGCACGUGGAGUAGCGCUUGGAGCCGCUUCCUCUGGACUCCUGCUGUGGCGCCCUGGAGCAAGCGGCCAUGGUCCGAGCCCGGUCCCGAGAACCCGCGGCCGCCCCCGACGGGGGCUGGGGGUGGGUCGUGGUCGGCGUGCUCUUCGUGACCUCGGCCCUGGUGUUUGGCCUCAUCCGCAGCCUCGGUGUCUUCUUCGUGGAGUUUGUGCACUACUUUGAGAGGAGCGCUCAGGCCAUUUCCUGGAUCGCGUCCAUCGGCGUGGCCACGCAGCAGCUCAUGAGCCCCCUGGGCACGGCCCUGUGCAACGCGUACGGCGCGCGGCCCGUCGUCAUGGUGGGGGGUCUGCUGUCUGGCGUCGGCUUAACCCUGGCGUCUCAGGCCACUUCCCUCACUGAGCUGUACCUGACCAUGGGCCUCAUCUCAGCUGCUCGUGGACGUGUACGCCUGGCGGGGGGCCCUGCUCAUCCUGGGCGCCCUCAGCUUCAACAUGGUGGCCUGCGGCGCCUUGAUCCGGCCCCUGGGGAGCGCCAGGACCAAGUCGCAGGUACUGACGGCGCGCCGCCUUUUUCACCAUGUUCUCAAACUGUCCUCAGCGCUUGCCUUGUUUGGUACCACAAACGUAUCGGAGACACGUGUAGCUUCUCCUGCGGCACUUCCCUGGUACCAGUGUAUUUCUGGGCAUGCUCCGCAUUCUUGUCGGACUCGCUCGUGCCGUCUUGUCCCCUCUCUCCCACGGACGCCAUCCAGGCUCUGGGCGACCAGGCGGACGAGACGUCCUGCUCCUCGUUGUGCUCGCGAGCCUUCGUCUACCUGGAGCUCUCGCUGCUCUUGCACAAGCCCUUCGUCAUCUACACGCUGGCCGUCACGCUCUUCAACGCCGGCUACUACGUGCCGUACAUCUACCUGGUGGCCCACAGCCGCCACGUGGGCUUCUCCGAGUACCAGGCGGCCUUCGUGGUGUCGGCCGCAGGGGUGGCGGACCUGGCGGGCCGCGUCAUCGCCGGCUGGACCUCGGACCUGGGCCGCACGCGACUGCCCCACAUGCUGUCGCUGUGGACGGGACUCACGGGCCUCUUCAUGCUGCUGCUGCCGUCGUGCUCCGCGCCUGGGUCCUACGGCGGCCUCCUGCUCAUCAGCCUGCUCUACGGCUUCUCCGCCGGGGCCAUGACGCCGCUCGUCUUCUCGGCGGUGCCCGAGAUCGUGGGCACGCACCGCAUGCUGGGCGCCCUGGGGCUGCUGCAGCUCAUCGAGAGCGUCGGCGGCCUGCUGGGGGCACCGCUGUCAGGUUGGCUGAAGGACCAGACGGGCAGCUACACGGGCUCCUUCCUGCUGGCGGGAGGGUGCCUCCUGCUGGGCACGCUGGUACUUGCAGGCCUGCCGCACUACUUUGCCUGCAGUCCGAGCUCCGGUGUUGAGUCUCCGGGGCAGAAUCAAAGUCCCGAGGCUGGUCUGCUGACCCACGCGGUGUGUGUGCCGACUCUUUCCAAAGACCUUCCGACUUCGGGAGCUGAGAACGCAUCUGCUCCGCUCUCGCCGAACCUUGACGACGUCCAGCCACGCCCCGGCGUGGAUCCGUCAGCCCUGACCGCAGCGGCGUUGCAGGACAACGUGGGCUGCUGACUGGAGCUGCUCUCUUUGCGGGAGAUGUGAUUUGUCGGCCCGUCACUGACGUGAGGAGGGAGGAUAUGGGUGAU